AUGUUUGUUCGUGAGGUUGUAGUUGCUGAUUUAUCCCGUGAGUUAGAAUUGAGUAUGUCAGUUGAGUCUACGGGGCUAUCCCUGAUGAGCAUUGUGCCUGAUUUUACUGAGUACAUGUGCUUGGUGAGGGCAUUGUUGCAACAAUCUUUCGACUCUUUCAAUGGUGAAGCAGUGUAUGAUAGAGAGUACAUUGAGAGCUUGCAUCAUAUUUUAUCUUACUUGCAUUUCACGUUAUAUGAUUUGCUAGAUAAAAUAGAGCGAUGCUUAAGGAAAUUGGAAGAUAAGGUGAGAUUGAUCAAUGAAGAUAGGCUUAUCGUAUUGUUGUGGUCUCAAUAUCUUGUAAUACUGAAAGAGUUAAACAAUACUUCUAAGUUGUUUAACAACUCGGAGGUGUUUUGGCAGAAGUUGAGUCAACGAAAACUUUCACUGAGCUUUGUAAUCGGGAUAUAUGCGAUGAGUUGUGAUGAUUAUCGGUGGAUCAAUGAAAACAAGGAGGUGGUAAUCAAUUUCAAAGUACGGAGACAUUUCACAAUGAGGAUGCUUGAAGAAGCUAAAUCCGAAAACAAGGAGGGCUCAUAUGAGAUUCUCAUCGAUAGGUCCAACUUGUUGGAGGCAUCUUCUGAAUAUAUUUUUGAUAAGGAUCCUGCAUUGCUGCGAGGCAAUAUGUUAUUGCAAUUCAAACAUGAAUACGCUACUGGACCUGAUGUGUUGAGAGAGUGGUUCUUCUUGGUAUAUCGAGAGAUGUUCAAUCCUCACAAAGCUCUCUUUGUUGCUUGUCCAAAUGAUCAAAGAAGGUUUUCUUCCAAAUUCAGGUAA